AUGGAAGCGGCUUCGGCAAGAGCGGCAGCUCGCGAUCGGUGGAACGACUUCGGCAGGUCCACGCCGUCGCAGCUCCAGCGCUUCAUCCAAUCCGCCUGCAGCCCCGAGAACUUCGAACCUAACCUAGCCCUAUGCCUCGAGAUCGCCGACCUCGUCAACUCCAAGAAGGGGACGGCUCCGCGCGAAGCCGCCAAUACCAUCGUCAGCUACAUAAAUCACCGGAACCCCAACGUCGCGCUCCUGGCCCUGCACCUGCUCGACAUUUGCGUCAAGAACUGCGGGUACCCGUUCCACCUGCAGAUCAGCACCAAGGAGUUCCUCAAUGAGCUCGUGAGGAGGUUCCCCGAGAGGCCGCCGAUACGGCCGACGAGGGUGCAGAUGAAGAUUUUGGAGGCGAUUGAGGAGUGGAGAGGGACGAUAUGCGAGACGAGCAAGUAUAAGGAGGAUUUUGGGUUUAUUCGCGAUAUGCAUAGGUUGUUGAGCUACAAGGGGUAUACGUUCCCUGAGGUCCGCCGUGAGGAUGCCGCUGUGUUAAACCCGAGCGAUAACCUCAAAUCCGCCGAGGAAAUGGAGGAGGAAGAGCGCGAGGCACAAUCAGCGAAGCUCCAAGAGCUUAUCCGCCGUGGAACGCCACACGACCUACAAGAAGCCAACCGUCUUAUGAAGAUUAUGGCCGGAUACGACACGCGAUCGAAGACGGACUACCGAGCGAAGGCCGCGGAAGAAGUCGCGAAGAUCCAGGCCAAGGCGCGGCUUCUCGAGGAAAGGUUAGAAGCCUUUAAGCCAGGCGACACCAUGAAGGAAGGGGAUGUGUUUGAAGAGCUCGCUUCGGCGCUUUCGAGCGCACAGCCCAAAAUUCAGAAGAUGUGCGAGGAAGAAUCCGAAGAUCACGAGGCCGUGGCAAAGCUUUUGGAGAUCAACGACAGCAUACACCGGACGGUUGAGAGGUACAAGUUGAUGAAGAAGGGCGAUCUGGAUGGUGCUGCCAAGGUUGCGAGCGGAGCGCCGAUAUCGACGGCUGCCUCGUCAUCGAAAUCUGCGGCGGCCGAGCUUUCACUUAUUGAUUUUGAUGCGGAUACACCCACGACGAGUGCGGCUCCAGCUGCACCGGUUGCGUCGACACCUGGUGGUCUAGAGGAUGAUCUCCUCGGUCUCAAUAUUGGUGAGCCUGUGCCAACAAGUUUUGGUCAACCGGGAAGCAUAGCGCUGGGCUUUGGUGCAAACACUGGCAUCCCUGGUCCCGCAUUGCUCUCAUCUGUAACGCAGAGCAACAGCGCAGGGGCACCGCCCUCGCCAUUUUCAUCCUUCAUCUCUCCCUCGGCGUCUACCUCAGCUACGCCCCAACCCCCAGCACAACUAGCUUUCAGCCCUCCCCAGCCUGCCGCCGACCCCUUCGCUAGCUUAAUUGGCGUAACGUCACCUGCCCCUACCUCUACAACGCCUGCUGCUCCCGCAGCGACUGCCAGUAAUAACGACGAUGACGAGUGGGCGUUUUCCUCGGCGUUGCCUCCUGAGCCAAAGGAGUACAAUGCACUAGUGAGCGAUGCGGCUGUAAAGAUAGAGAUGAAGGCUGCGAGGAAUCCGUUCGACCAGAAUUCUCUCCGGGUCAUCUUCUUGUUUUCUAACAACUCUUAUGAGCCGAUUACCGAGCUGCACUUCCAGCUGGCCGCACCAAAGGUUUAUGAGCUCAAAUUACAGCCGCAGACGGGAAGAGCACUGGAACCUAGGCAGAUCGGUGGCAUACAUCAGAUUGUCAUCGUCCAUCACCUUGGUGCCAACGACAAGAAGGUCGAGUCGGUGAAGCUGCGGUGGCGAGUAGCCUACAAAGCGAAUGGAAUCCAGAAGAAAGAUAUGGGAGAGAUCCCAGAGUUUACCGUUCCCUAG